CUGCCAAUCCUGCUUCCAUCCCCUCUUGAAGCAGUGAUCCUGAGACCACUCCCCAAUAAACUUCUUGCAUACAAAUCUCUGUCUUAGAGUCUAUUCCCUGGAAAAUCUGACUUGUAAUAUUCUAUGGCUAACACUGUAAUGAAGAUGAAAACAAAAAACUGAGGAAAAAUUAGCCAGGUACUGGAUUUAUUUCCUCUUUUCCAUUUCUUGCUUUUGAAGAAUCCUGUCCACCUCCUGCUUCCUUGCUAGAGGAGACAGAGUCCUGUUCCUUCCAGUGCCCUCCAAUCUGCUCCAGGCAGGCAGCUACUGCCCUCACCCCUCCUACCUCCCCUCCUCCACCCAACAGGCAGGAACCCCAGACACUCUGUCCUCCCUGGACAGCAGGGGGCACCUCAGGCACCAGCUCCUCCCCCUGGGUCCUGCAGCUGCACUUCUGAAGUGCCAUCCCUUCAGUGCCUGGCCCUAGGUAAAAAACAAAGGAUAGGAACGGGGUGAAGCAGAGGAAUCCAAACAGGAGGAGAAGCUGGUCCUGUCCCCCUUCUCUGGCUGCUCCCCAGCUGGCCCCUCUCUGGGAGCCUGAGUCCAGGAAACAGGAAGCGCUGAUUCUGAGGACAGAGACAUGGGCCCUGCUGGCUGUGCCUUUCUACUAUCCCUUCUGCCAGGUAAGUCCCUGAGGUGCAUGUGUGGACACACUGUAUCCUGGAGCCUUGUUGUGGGUGGCCAGGAUGCUGUUGCAGGGCACUGGCCUUGGCAGGUCAGCUUGCACUUGGGCCACCACAUCUGUGGAGAUUCCCUCAUCAGUGUGAGGUGGAUACUGACAGCAGCACACUACAUGCAAAGGACCUGGAUUCCUUGGUUACACACUGUCUGGCUGGAAUUGAUUAAAAUAGGCAAUUCACAUAAAGGGAUAAAGCAUCAUGUGUCCAAAAUCAUCAUCCAUCCCAAAUUCCAAAAUACAACUGCAGACAUCGCCUUCUUGAAACUGGUCUCUAGAGUCACCUUCACUUCUUUCAUCCUGCCCAUCUGCUUGCCCAGUAUCACAAAGCAGUUAACAGUUCCAGGCUCUUGCUGGGUGAUUGGACGGGGAAAAGUUAAGGAAAGUGAAGGUGAGAAUGGAUACUGAUACCAUUCCAACCUCCAGGAAGCAGAAAUGCUCAUCACUGACUGCCAGGCUUGGGAACAACGCUACAACCCAAUAGGUUUCUUAUUGCCAGAAUUAGAGCAGGUCAUCAAAGAAGACAGGAUUUGUCCUGGUGAUACUCAUAAAAUGAAGGAUGGUUGCAAGGGUGAUUCUGGAGGGCCUCUGUCAUGUCAUAUUAAUGGUGUACGGAUCCAGAUUGGAUUGGUAAACUGGGGAAUAAGAUGUGGUAAAUCUCUGCCUGGAGUAUACACCAAUGUGAUCUACUACCAAAAAUGGAUUAACACCACUAUCUCAAGAGCUGAGAUCUUGAGUGCCAACAAUCUGGACUUAUCUGACUUCUUGUUCCCUAUUGUAUGGCUCUCUCUGGCUCUCCUGGGACCCUCCUGUGCCUUCGGGCCUAACAUUAUCGGGAGAGUAGUCAGUAUAGCUGAAGCCACUGGCCAAGUACAGGGCUAGGAAGGGAAUGCAUGGAGAAUAAGCCCCAGGUGCAGAGAACUCAAAGGACAGUCACUGGGACUCUGGAUGACUUCAUUAAAAUAAUUAGAAAUUAUUUUGGUUUUAUGGU